UAAGCAGCCUCCUCAUGGCUCAGCAUCAGCACCGGAAUGAGGUAGGAUUUGCGCACCCUCCAAACUUCGCUUGGGACCUCAGCAUGUGAACGGGCUCUGCAGGAGGAGGAUCCACCUAGGAUGUCAGCUCUGAAGAAGUUGUUGCCUGGCAUACUGAAGAAGCAUUGCUGUAUCUUACCAGACAGGAACACAGAAUCACAGUGCACACUAUGUGGUGAACCAGAAGACCAGCUGUAUUCAUGGUCGCCCUCGCAGUACUUCGAUGAGGACAGCUGCUCCCUUCCACCCAGGAACAUGAAGGGUCUCUCCGGCGGCCGUCCUGCCCAACUCCACCUCACCUCCCCCACCGCCCACACCUGCGGCCUGGUUGAAUGCGACCACUCCCUGGAGCAUCAUCUCCACCAUGGCAACUCACGCCCCCCGUCCUACCUCCUUAGCCCCACAGAUAGCUGCCCCCUCGAGAGCCACCACCGCUGCUCCCCCAGGAGCUCCAUCCACUCUGAGUGCAUGGUGGUGCCGGUGUCCAUGUCGGCCACCGACCACUCCAUCUCUAGUAGCACUUUCCCCCGCAUGCACUAUGGCAGCGGCGCGAGGGAAAGCGGCGGCAACACUUCCGGCGGCAGGGACUCCCGAGACGACGGCGGCUCCUCCUCGCACGGCGGCAGCGGCAAAAUGAACCGAAUCCCACCCAACCUCCUGGACCAGUUCGAGAAGCAGAUGCCCCUCCACCGGGAUGGCUUCCACACGCUGCAAUACCAACGCACCUCCACCACCACCACCACUACAGAGCAGCGCAACGAAAGCCCCGGGCGGAUACGCCACCUGGUGCACUCGGUACAGAAGCUCUUCACAAAGUCACACUCUCUCGAAGGUUCCUCCAAGAUGAACGGCACCAAAGGCGACCCGCACCGGGAAAGCUCACACCACGCCAAUCACCACCACCAGGGCCACCACAAACACAGCAAGCGCAGCAAGAGCAAAGAGCGCAAGUCCGACGGCAGCGGCAAGCAACGCUCGGGAGGCUGGUGGAGCUCGGAUGACAACCUGGAUAGCGACAGCACAUACAGGACGCCCAGCGUCAUGUCGCGGCAUCCGGCGGACCACGUCGGCCACUGCUACCCUGACUCCAUGCACGGCCACCUGGCCGGAGAGCUGUCGCUGAAGACCUCCAAGAGCAACAAUGACGUCAAGUGCUCCGCCUGCGAGAGCAUAAGCAUGGCACCGGAGGGGAAGUUCAUGAAGAGGAGCUCCUGGUCAACGCUCACGGUCAGCCAAGCCAAGGAGGCCUACAGGAAGUCCUCCCUCAACCUGGAGAAACCCAUGACGCCCACCGAGCUCAGGCCCAACCUCCGGCCCUGUCACUACCUCCAGGUGCCCCAGGACGACUGGGGGGGUUACCCUGGCGACGAGAAGGACGACGAGAUCCCGUGCCGUCGGAUGCGGAGCAGCAGCUACGUCAAAGCCAUGGGCGACGAGGAGAGCGGAGAGUCCGACUCCAGCCCCAAAACCUCGCCCCAGAAGACGGUGCGACCCGACGCCAUGGUGAAGGCCGUCAUCCGACCCAGGGAGCUGCUGGACUCGCAGAGCUCUUACCGCCUGGAUAAAAUCAACAGUGACAUGCGUAACUACAUCACCAAUUUCGCUGCAGACUUAAGUGAGGGCUCCCACUUCCAGGCAGCAGGGAAAAGGCGCCCGAGGUUCGCCGGGGACCCUUCUGCAAUCUACAUCUCGCCCAAUUUUGGUCCCGGGAACAAGAGCUACGGGCAGGCAUUCAGCCCCUUGAUUCAGCCAAGCCGCGUGACCCAAGUGACCAGGGGGGUGAGUGAAACGGAAAUGAAUGGCCAGUUUGAAUCGGUGUGCGAGUCGGUGUUCAGCGAGGUGGAAUCGCAGGCCAUGGAGGCUCUGGACCUGCCCGGCUGCUUCAGAACCCGCAGUCACAGUUACCUGCGAGCCAUCCAGGCCGGUUACUCCCAGGACGAUGACUGCAUCCCCCCCAUGGGCUCCACCGUCACCUCCACCAUCAGGGCAACCACAGGGAUCCAGUUCUGCCUCCCCUCCACCUGCAGCAUCGAUCGCACUCUGCAACAAACCCCAGCCAUCACCUACACGACCAACUAUAAGAAGGCCCCUCCUCCUGUCCCGCCCCGUACCACUUCCAAACCCCUCAUCUCCAUCACGGCUCAGAGCAGCACCGAGUCCACCCAGGACGCCUACCACGAGGCGCGGCACCCUCGCGGCGGGAUGUGGGCCCCCGACGGCCUGGGCCUGGGCCUGAAUGCGGGCAGGGUCCUUUAUAACUCCACCGACAGCCUGGACAGCACCAAGGCUGUGACCAUAGCCAUGGAGGCCGCCGGGGUCAUGGUCGGAAAGAGGCACCCGUCCACCGACAGCCACAGCUCGGUGCUCACCUGCGACAAGGCCGUCCUGGUGUCGAAAGCCGAGGAGUACCUGAAGACGCCCCGAUCCUCCAUUGGGAUACAGGUCGAAGCAGCCACGGACUCCGAGUCUGAAGGCAAAGGUCUGCGGCAGUACCACUCUGUUGGGAUCCAGGUGGAGGACAACAAGAAGGGACAAGGCCGGUUCAAGCGCUCCAACAGCGUGACGGCGGCGGUGCAGGCCGACAUGGAGCUGGAGGGCUUCCCCACCAUGGAGGACAAGGGCCUGCAGUUCGGCGGGGGCUUCCAGCGCCACUCGGAGCCCAGCACGCCCACCCAGUACGGGGCGGUGCGAACCGUGCGCACCCAGGGGCUCUUCAGCUACCGCGAGGACUACCGCGCCACCGCCGAGCCCUCCAGCCCCCGGGAGACCACCAGCGAGGCCAGCUGGCAGCUGGAGCCCCCCUCCCCGAGGAAGAGCGCCGCCUCGCCCGGCGACUCCGGCAGGGCGUCCCCCUCCCUGAGAAGGGACGGGAGCUGGUUCAUGCAGCUGCUCCACACGGAGACCAAGAGGAUCGAAGGCUGGUGUAAAGAGAUGGAGGCCGAGGCCGAGGAGAACGACCUGUCGGAGGACAUCCUAGGUAAAAUCCGAAGUGCAGUAGGAAGCGCUCAGCUGCUUAUGUCCCAGAAAUUCCAGCAAUUCUACUGGCUGUGUCAGCAAAACAUGGACCCCAGUGCCAUGCCGCGGCCCACCUCUCAGGACCUCGCUGGCUUCUGGGACCUAUUGCAGCUCUCCAUCGAUGAUGUCACCAUGAAGUUUGACCGGCUGCAGCAGAUUAAGAAAAACAACUGGAGGCCCGUGGACAGCCCGGAGAAGAAGCCACCAGCUCCUGUACCAAAGAAGACAAUUCGACAGAGGAGCCUGGUGACCCGGGAGAAGUCCCUGGACCUCCCGGACAGGGGGCGGCAGGAGGCCCGUCGGAGGCUCAUGGCGGCGAAGCGGGCCGCCUCCUUCCGGCAGGACUCGGCCUCGGAGCGGGCGGACAGUAUCGAGAUCUAUAUCCCCGAGGCUCAGACUAGACUUUGAGAAGAUGGGCUGCAGGGGGUCGACGCGUCUCCCUGCUCCUCCGUUCGAGCGACUUAUAAAACUAGCCUUUUUUUCUAGACCGCUACGCUCUGUACUCUUCUUUUAUCCAUCCGUCGCCAGGUCUCGAUCGCCAUCCUCAGCGCCCAUCGCCGACACCAUUGGUCUGUAGGAUGCGCCGGGCCUGCUCCCCCAUUGCCAGAAUAAGUGUUAGCGCACAUGCGUGUGUGUGUGUGUGUGUGUGUGUGUGUGUGUGUGUGUGUGUGUUAGUGUGUGUGUGUGUGUGUCGGACAUGGGUGGGUUUUGCACCCGAGUCUACGAGCUCUCUCAUCCAGUUUUCCCGGAUGAGUACGUCCGUAGUUGUUCAGCAUUUGCAAAGUGCCAUUUAAAAAGUGCAGCUUUGAAAACCUACCAGCAACCAGGCCUUUGAGCUAUGAAGAGCAAAUGAGGAGAAAAUAUGUUUAUUUUAAGUUUUGCAAAAAUGGUCAACGUGAGUAACCCUUCAGUAUUUUUCAAUAACUUCAGUUUAUAUUAUGACUCUUUUCGUUGUCUUUACGGGGUGAAUGUUAAAUUACGAGCAAAAUAUCACACAGUUGUUUUAAGUUCAAAAACUUUGAAAAGUGCCAAUGCUUGAAAUACCUCAACUAUGUGCACGUGGCACUGAUCGCCCCUCCAAGGUUAUUCAGGCGGCCCGUAUAAGCUCGACUGGACUGGUCAGUGUUGUGAAAUGCAGCUUUCGACGCCAUCUGGUUGCAGUCAAACGUUUUUCCUGGUUCUCGGUGUAAGAAUGACAUCCGCCGGCUCGUUUAUGUGCACAUUUUCAAACGGCGUUCCUAUAUAUCUCACGUUCCUGUUGCCGACUUUCAAAAUUGACGUAUACUUGAAGCUGAAAACAUGCAAGUCUUGUGCCAACAUUUUCGCUAUGUCAAUGCAGUAGAAACAAAAGUAUAAAAGUCUGUGUAACCCCUUAGAUCAAAAUGUGUAGACGAAUGCACUUAUGCACUUAUUACAAUUCUCUCUAUUUCCAAGGGAAAUGUACGUACUCAAUACGUUCACAAUAGUACUGUUGUAUUUUUGAAUUGUGAACGGGCAGAAUAUUCACAGUGUACAAUUUUUCUUCCCUCGUGUCAAAGUCUCUGUUGCUUUUGAAAAAAUUUGAUUUGGUGCAAACAUGCCGUGGCUGGAUCACACACACACACACACACACAUGCACACUUACAGUACGCACACACACACACACACACACACAGAACCAUGCUGCUGUGUUUUCAUCUUGUAAACCUCUCUCAGGCCCUUUCAAGUAGCGCCCUCAGCCGCAGUUAAUGAGGAGUGAUAGAAAAACUGCCAACACAUAAACAAAAAAUAUCUGCAUAUUAGUUUCAUCAAACCCCAAAAAUGAUUUCUGAUCUUCAAAUUUCUUGAAAGGUUCUGUGUUGUGAAAAUCUCCUGCAGCAGGGUCUUAACUUGAUUCACUCCCUUUAGGAAGCGCUGGGAAAUAACGAAACUAAAGUAGGGCAAAGGCGUUCCGUGGGGAUGCAAAUAGCACGUCCCGAAUAACUCAAAUUUGAGCCCUGCGUGGCUUUGCGCAGCAGCGUGUGAUAUUUUGUCAUAACACGAUUCAACGAGCGCAACAUUCUCAUUUGCCUUUGAGUCCCGUAACAAUGUUGAGAUGUACCGACAGCGCCAGCUCCUCGUAAGUUCAGCUUUCUGGUGACAGAAAGCGUUCACACGCUAGGUGGCGGUUUCUACAUUUAACAGAAACCACGCAAAUAAAUCCUGUAGAUAAGUUGCGAUAAAAUACCAGCGACCUUUGUUAAGGAGAAGCUCAGCGAUUGGAUGUUGCUUGUUAACACUUUAUGAGUGGACGUCACACAGGCCUUAGACGGCACCCUUAACAUGUGUAUCUCCAUCCAGCUGUAACUGUUUCCAUUGGCAAAAUAUUAGCGUGUAAAUACAUAGCAAGAGAGUGAGGAGUUAAAGUCUUUAUAUAAAAGAUAUAUUGCAUGACAUUACGCUGGAACAAAAUGUAUUUUAAUCAUGAAGAUUUUAAACUUACAUUUCAUGAAUAGGACAGAACUCGUCGCAAAUUUUGAUUUGAAUAUCUAAAUGCUAAAUACACACCAACUUACUGAUGGAUUUACGAAGAGCUGGUGCGACCCAAUCACGGUACGUGCUGUGAAAGUUUUGGGUUCUUGCAUAACGGUCAGUAGGGGUUAUAAAAUGUACUUCCAGGUUGUUACAAAAUACAUUUCUCACAUAGUUGUCUCAUCUUGAGCCAAAGCUCACGUUCUGCUGCUCUUUAUCAUCAAACUUUGGAGUCAGAAACUUGAACAUCAGUCUUAAGUGAGUUGCCAAUAUUCAAAUUACUGACCUAAAAACUGAAGUUUAUGGGUAAAAAUGUUGGGUAGUCAACCAACUAAAUGGUGCUGUUUUUAUUUAACAGUACUAUACGAACAAUCAAUGCAACAAAAUGCGCUGUCAGCUGGUGAACACAUCACAUGAAAAUCUAUUUUUAUGACAAGUGAUUGUGCCAGUGUUCCUUAUGGGACCCGGGACGUUUGUCACGUGGGAGUAACUAGAAAAUACAUUUUUACAUAUUUGCUGUAUGUUGUUGUUGCAUUUUAGUGCUAACACAUUCAGUAAAGAGGGUGAAUUCUUUUUUUCUAAUAACAUACCAUGUGCCAAAUAUUUAAUUUUUUUAAAUGCCAUUUGAAAAGCUGCGACGUGCAGAUCGGUCACACGAGUCACCAAGUACCCAAAGUCAGCGGUGACAUCGUUUCACACGUGCAAGCGCAAUACUUUCGGUUGAGGAUCGGGCUUUUAAUAGCCCAAGGUUGAGUGAUAGGUUACACUUUUCUUUAAGAAGCACACCCAUCUAUAAUUCAGCUAGGGGCGGGAGGAGGAGGGAGGGGGGGGUGGGUGUUUCAUCACAGAGGCAGGGACCUUUAACAGAGACGUCCCCCUGCUGUUGCCACAGCGGCAGGCAGACGGCAGGCAGAGGGAGACGGACCCGGCCUGACAUAACGUACGCUGGCCUGGAGGAGACCGGGCCAAACAGGCCGGUGUGCGGCGCUCGGCGCCGCGCUGGGGGAUUUUCCUCCUGCCUCCUUUGAAUAAGCAAAGCAGCUUACGUAAGAUUCUGCGUCCUCGGUGAGAUGAAGCAGGCCCUCGAAGCCUGCGUUGAUGCAUGUUUUGCUGAGCCGUGGCCUGGAGGACUUGAGCAUCAGCGUCACGCGUGUUUCUAUCGGUCUGUGCUCAGCUUGUUUUACUGAAGGCUUUCUUUGAAACAACAGAAGGGUUUCUCUUUUAUGCAAAUUGAUCAGGGCUGUGAAACAGAUGAGGUGUAUCCUCCGCCUCGGGUUCAGUUUGAUGCAUCUCUCGCUCCUCCAGGAGGCAUUUGCAUUGUUGCAACGAGACCAGGCAAAUUUUCGGGAUGUAUUAUGGAAUCAGUUUCAGCUAAACGGUCAAAGUCGAGUUCAAGUCUCCCUUCGGUCCCAUUGAAAAUACUUUCCAUUCAUGGGAAGCUUCUCACCUUUUCACAGAUUUUUCUCCAAGUAGGCAUACGAGCAGCUUCAAGGGCCUCCGGUCACCAUGUGACUUUGUCUUCACUUCAAGCUUCUCUCGAUUGGCGUUUAAUGUGGAACCGCUCGGGUCGACGUGAGAGGCGUGCAUGCGAGCCCCGCAGGGAUGAAACGCGACUGGGAUUCAACUGAGGUGAAGUUAGGGUCAUUUAGGGCUGCAAUUAGCUCCAAGUACCCUCUUUUCUGACGUAUUCGGCCUGCUGCAAAAUCAUCGCUCUACGCAGCCCCAUCGUCCCUCGUCAGUUUAUUUGUGAAAAGUAAACCAUUCAUGCCAUCAACUUCCUUUCCCCAUUUUCCAACGACGUCUUUCUAUAGUUUGAGCUCGUGUUUUGGCAUCCGUGGCUUUACUUCUGGUUCAACUGUCUGCUUUUAACUCUUGAUCCCCCGGUAGGAACUAUUUCAAGGGGACGUUUUUUUGGUAACCAUGCCGAGGAGAGAGCGUCGGCCUCGCUGAGACUCGUACGACACUUCCUUCAACUCGGCAUGUGAAACCACUAUAAUUACUAGAUCAAAUUAAAAAGGUAGUCGUUUAGCUAAAACUAUUUUCAUCUCUUGUAUAUCAUAUCUAUAGUGAGGAUGAAUAUAAUGCCAAAUAUUCAUUAUUUGUAAAUAAAUAUAUAUAGAAAUAUAAAUAUAUAAUAUAUGCUUCAUUGAAACACGACUAUUUUCUGCAUUUGCUCAUGUUCUUGUUGUCAUUCUUUCUUGGUUAUUUUAUAAGCUGAUAUGAUGGCAUGCGAAAUACUGAUUCUGAAUGUAGACUUAGUUAUUCAUUUUGGAGAGUUAGAAAUUAUUCCACAGUCCCACUGAGAUGUUUAUUUAAGUCAAUGACAUUUGCAUUUCUCAUGUGUGUUAUUUUAGUGCAACUUCCGGUAUCAUUGGGUUCUUUUUUUGUAUUAUUUGCUUAGUUUGAAACCACAAUUGCAUUUUACCUUUUUCCAUGUUGAGCUAUUGAAAGACUUUUGCCUCUUUGAGUAGUUUGAGCAUUGCUGAGGUCAUCCAGUGUAAAUAGUUCUGCAAUUAAAUUUUUUGAAGAAAAACUUUGGAA